CCGUGUAAUGUUUUUCACCUGUUCCCGCUGAGUACAUGAUUUGUAAAAUUCUUUAUCAUUUGGACACAUCUUCUUGUGGAACGAUGAUUUUGAUAGGAUUUUUGAUUUCUAUAUUUAUUCUAAGCAAUAAUUUGGUUAUUGCUGAAGAAUUCUACUGCAGGGAUAUCUAUGAAUACGACGCAAGCACUACUGGAGAAAUCAAAAGUCCUUUUUACGACGAUGGAGCCUACCCUAACAGACUUUGGUGCCAGUACAAGAUUACAGCUCCGGAAGGACAUAUGAUAAAGCUGACUUUCAAAGACUUGGACAUUGAUCCAACUUAUAGUUGUGGUUAUGAUGGUCUAGCCGUGUAUGGAAAAAAUAAAGAAGUUAGACUGGGAGUUUAUUGCGGCAAACAACUUCCUCAGCCUAUUCUCUCAAUUCCUGGAGAGAGUGAAAUGCAGCUUCUUUUCACGUCAGACGAAAUGGGAUCUGCCAAAGGAUUUCGAAUACAGUAUGAGUCUGCUCCCCAUUUACAGUUGUGUGCAACGAAUGAGGGGGUAUGCAGAAAUCGUAGAUGUUAUCGACUCAACAAAAAGUGUGAUGGCGUAGACGAUUGCGGUGAUGGAACGGAUGAAGAAAAAUGUGGUAAGCCCAUUGCACUGCCAUCUAACAAUUGUGGCGCAACUCCCAUACCGCCAAACACCAUCUACGGCUCUCCUGACCGCCAAGUGGGAGGAGUUGAAGCCAUACCAAACAGUUGGCCCUGGCAAGUUUCCCUACAGCAUAGCAAUAGAAAAGAGCCUAAUGACCAUUUCUGUGGAGGUUCUCUCAUAAGUCCACAGUGGGUAGUUACUGCUGCUCAUUGCGUGGUAUGGGUUUUAACACAGAGAUGUUGCCCUCUUAUAGAAAAGUCAUUUCCUAGAGUGGAAAGUUUUGUACUGCCACCUGGCGAGCAAAGUUCAUCGCCAUCUGGUGAGAAGGUGGUUCACCACAAAGGAUCUGGAUUUACCGAUGUUCUGAAACAAACUGAGCAAGUAGUGCAAGGUGAAGAAACAUGCAACAAUGUUUAUAGUCCACCAGUACAAAUCUGCGUUCACAAAAUAAACAACUCCCCAUGCCACGGUGACAGUGGUGGACCCCUUUCUUGUAAACUGGGAGAUAAAUGGUUUUUGAUGGGAGCUGUAAGCUAUGCCAGUGCCACCAAUUUCAUGGGCGGCCUCUGCGGAUUGCCAGAAAAUAGAGUUGUGUUUGCUGCAACAGCUGACAAAGCUGAUUGGAUUAAAAACAUUAUUAAUAAAUAUAACUAAAUACAUUUUGAAUGUAUAUUAGAUAGUCAAAUAAAAUAUUUGCUUAUCUAUGCGUUGUGAAUGUAUAUUAGAUAGUCAAAUAAAAUAUUUACUUAUCAA